CAAAAAGCACGGUCCAGAUUUGUGCGUGCUUUACGUCAUGCCAGGGGAUCUCUCUCCGUACCGCCUCACCACGACACGAACCGGGCCGGCGGCGAAGGGGGGGGGCGGACGCUUUUACCGACGCUUACCGAGCAGAAAAGCGCCGGAGUUACGUUUUAUAACCCCGUGCGUUUAAACCGACUUCGCGACGCGCGUUUCUGCCUCCGUGAGCCACCAGCGCCCGCGUUAUCACCGCUACACCACGGCUAGCUUUUACGCACGCCUUUUCGCAGCGCGUUCGUCCCGAGAGCGACGGGAUCAGCGGUCCGGCAGAGCGAGCGCUAAUCCCGGGACACGACGACGGCUCGGUUUGCGUCGCUGGCCGCAGCUUCGAGGGGCUUAAAUCAAUGCGACGGACGGAGAGGAGGAGGAGACCGAGAGGAACAAAGCCCACACCGAGUGCUAUGCCCCGCUCCGACGCUUGGCUCGGGCAGCAGUGAACCACCAUGGGGGCCCUCACGAGUCGGCAGAACAUGGGCGUCGAGGAGGUGGAUAUUCCGUCCAACUCGGUGUACAGAUACCCGCCGAAGUCCGGGAACUACUUUGCGAAUCACUUCAUCAUGGGCGGAGAGAAGUUCGACUCGACUCAUCCAGAGGGUUAUCUGUUCGGAGAAAACACUGACCUCAACUUCCUGGGCUCCAGACCCGUCGCUUUCCCAUACGCUGCUCCUCCGCCUCAUGAACCUGUGAAGACUCUGAGAAGUUUGAUCAACAUCAGGAAAGACACGCUCCGACUCGUACGCUGCAGUGAGGACCUAAAGUUGCCCGGCGACGAAGCGGCCAAUCAGAGUCGAGCUUGUUACAACGUGGAGUUUACGUUUGACUCGGACACUCAGGUCGCCAUCACCAUCUACUACCAGGCCACGGAGGAGUUCCACAACGGAGUGCCCGUGUACCUCCCUCAGGACGGUUCUCUUCAGUCGGAGACGGUUCACUUUAAGCGCGGCGUUUCUCAGCACUUCUGUUUACCGUCCCACUCGGUCAACCUGAGCGAGUGGAGCGACGACGAGUUGGUGUUUGACAUGGACAAAGAAGUUUUCCCGAUGGUGGUUCAGGCCGUGGUCGACGAAGGAGAAGAGCACAUGGGACACUCUCAUAUUCUGCUCGCCACGUUUGAAAAGCACAUGGACGGAAGUUACUGUGUGAAACCUCUCAAACAGAAACAAGUGGUGGAUGGAGUGAGUUAUCUUCUUCAGGAGAUUUACGGCAUCGAGAACAAAUACAACAGCCAAGAAUCAAAGGUGUCGGAGGAUGAGAUCAGUGACAACAGUGCAGAGUGUGUGGUUUGUUUGUCGGAUGUGCGUGACACUCUGAUCCUGCCGUGUCGUCACUUGUGUUUGUGUAACGCCUGCGCCGACACCCUGCGCUACCAGGCCAACUGCUGCCCCAUCUGCAGGCUGCCGUUCCGGGCGCUGCUUCAGAUCCGAGCCAUGAGGAAGAAGCUGAGUCCGGUCACUCCCACGAGCUUCAACGCCGUCAUCACGUCCCAGACGUCGGACUCAGAGGACACGUCGGCGUCGGAGCACAUUCCUCCGGGUUAUGAGGCGGUGUCUCUCCUCGAGGCUCUGAAUGGUCCGUUGUCGUCGUCGGUCGGAGCUCCGGGUCUGUGCGGGAGCAGCCAGGCCCCGGCCGCUCUGCCUCCCCACGGCGGUGAGCCUCAGCUGGGCACGGGCCGCUCCCACUCCCCCCCGGACCACAGCACCUCCAGCCACACCGGGAAACUCAAGAAGAGCGCCUCCAAGUCUCUUUCCCAGAAUUCCUCAGUGCUGCAGGAAGAAGACGAGAAGAGCUCAGAGUCCGAGAACGGAGCGCACAAGAUGGCCGCCAGUCAGAGAGAGAACGGAGCGACUCCAGACAGUGAGAACGUGACUCUGUCUUCAUCUGGAGCCAUCGACCAGUCGAGCUGCACCGGGACCCCGCUCUCCUCCACCAUCACCUCCCCCGAAGAGCCGGUGAGCUGCAGUCUGGCUCAGUCGGUCAUGUCCAUGGCGUCGUCUCACUCUCAGCACUCCCACAUCAGCACGGACACGCUCUCGUCCAUGUCCGGGUCGUACCUCGCCGCCCCGGACCCGGAGGCCGUGAUCGACGAGGGGGCGGAGGAGCUCCAGGACGCGCCCAUGGACAGCGAGCGCGGACCCUCGCAGCAGGAGGAGGAUUUUCCCGUUGAACCGGAUCAGAAUUAUUCUUUAGCGCUGGUCGAGGAGCAGGAUUCAGAGGGAAAUGAUGUGACAGAAGAAGACUGCUCCUCGAAUUCAAACGGCAAAGGUGGGCGGAGCCGCUGUGCAGAGCUGGCCAAUAACAAUCAGGGCUGUGACACGCCCUCUUUGGGAUUGGACAAUGAGCAAGCUCAAGCUGACGCGCGAUUCGCCGAUUUAUUGUAUCUUGGAGGCUACAGACCCGAGCCAACACACACCUCCAACUCCAAUCUGAACCUGGAAGAACCCGGACUGGACCAGAACCCGGACUACAGAGAGACCCAGAGUCCCAGACCAAGACCACGAGGACCUCUUUUCUUUUAGACCUGCCUGUAAUCCUGGUCCAAAUCCUAGUCUAGACCAGAUCAUCAAGAAAAAACAGGUGGACUUUUCUCGCCCAAUAAAACAAAACUGAUCCAAAACCUGGACUAGAGAGAGCCAGAUUUCUAGACCAAGACCUCCUUUAGACCAGUCCAUAAACCAGGUCCAAGUUCUAAUCAAGACCCAAUCCUCAAUCAAGACCAGGUGGACUUUUCUCGCUGUUUGGAACAUAAAUUAAUCCUAGACUGAUCCAAAACCAGGACUACAGAGAGUCUUGGUCCCAAAGUGCUAGACCAAGACCACCUGUCCAUAAUCACAGUCCCAAAUCCAAGUCAAAACCCGGUCAUCAAUCAGGACCAAUCUGACUUCUGAUCCUACUCAAAUGACAAUAAUCCAGACCAAAACCAAGACUUCAGAGAGACCCAGAGUUCUAGACCAAGACCAAAACGUGUCCAUAAUCCAAGAUGAAGUCCAAAUCAAGACACAAUCCUCCAUCUGGACUAAAUCAGGUCUAAAUCAAAAGACCAAGUCCAUGGAAUUCAACUAACACCCUCUUGGACCCCUCAUGGUCUAAAACUGUCCCAAAUUCUGGUCUGGACCAAAUGGAACUUAAAUAAUCAUUUCAAAAACCAGGUCUGCACUUUCCUCAUGGAACUAAACCAGGUCUCAAGCCCAAAACUAAGACCUCCUCUGGAAACUUCAUGGUCUUAAACUGUAUGUAAUUCUGGUCCAGUCCUAAUUCGUGGAUCUAAAAUCUCAAAACCAGGCCUGGACUCAACCAGGUCUCAAGUUCUAAAUAAACCACCCUUUGGACCCCACGUGGUCUAAAACUGUCCCAGAUUCUGGUCUGGACCAAAUGGAUCUUAAAUCAUUUCAAAAAACAGGUUUGACUUCCCACAUGGAACAGACCACAAGACCACCUCUGGAUCCUUCGUUGUCUACAACUGUCCGUAAUUCUGGUCCAGUCCUAAUUUAUGGAUCUAAAAUCUCAAAACCAGGUCUGGACUUUACUUCAGAAUGUAAGCCAGGUGUCAAGUCCCAAACAAGACUCCCCCUUGGACCCGUCAUGGUCUAAAACUGACCCAAGUCCUGGUCUGGUCCUAAUUUAUAGAUCUCAAAACCAGAUCCAUGAGUCCAUACCAUUCAACCGAGACCCUCUGCUGACCCCUCAUGGUCUAAAACUGUCCCAAAUUCUGGUCUGGUCCAAUUGUGUGGACCUAACAUCGUCUCUAAACCAGGGAUGCAACGAUAUUCGAUACAAUAUUGAAUCGUUUGAUACUCGAUACUCAGGAUUCGAUACUCGUCUUCGGUCGAUUCACACGUGCGUUGUCAUUUAUUUUAGUCCAAAAGAAAAACAGUUCUCGCAGCGUCCUCCUACAGCAGAAAUAUUCUAACAGAGGAGGGUUCGAUCUUUCACUCACUUUUUAUUUUACGUUCAUAGACCCAGAAAUGACAAAGAUAAUCACUUUUAAAUACUUUAGAAUCACUUUUGCAGGUCAGUGUGGGAGGAGCUUCGUACCGUCCGUCUCUGCUGGAGGGACACGGACAUGAGGCGUGUGAACCCAGAGAGAGACAGACUCAGGAGAAAAGAAACCAUCCAAAAAUCAUCAACAAAAAAGGAAAAGUCUGAUAGUUAAACUCCCCCAGCGUCUAAAUUAAGAGUCGACUGGCUGUAUUAUAAAAUAUAAAACAGCCUGAGAAAGAACUAUUCUUAUUUUCACUCAAUAAAAACACUGAGAAUCAUUGAACCAAAUGAACGAAAACAAAGGUCUUCAACGUUUUUCAGACCAGGGACCCCAGACUGAUGAGCUGGAGCAGGGACCCAUACAGUUGUGUUUUAUAUUAAAUUGGACCUAUUUUCAUGUAUAAACAAUUACUCUGUUAUUGUACGUUCGAUACUCGGGGAGUAUUUCAUCGAGGUUUAUCCUGAAAUCCUGAGCUGAAACUUGCUCCAUCUUCAGUUUGUAGAUAACGAUAAUCUUGUAACAUUCAAAUAAAACAAUAUUAAUAUUUACACGUUUUUGGUUCGCUGCGGGUGGAUCAUUUAAGUUAGGAUUUUUAUUUCCUACGAGGACGACUCAAAUAUACAUUGAGUACCGUAUUUUUCGGACUAUAAGGUGCACAAAAAAUGUGUCAUGAAGAUGAAAAAAAACAUAUAUAAGUCACACUUUCGGGGGGAAAUUUGUUUUAUAAAAUCAGAGAACAGGAAGCGACAUUUUCUGUUGUCAGUCAAGUUGUAGUAAAAACAAUAGAAGAGAGAACAACAGACUGUUAACGUCACAUAUGAACAGUUCUUCAGAUAAACUAUAACAUAAACAACAGAACAGAACAAGUUUAACAAACUCUCCAUCUCACU